AUAAAGUGAAACAAAUCUGUCACACCUGUGACCUAUGCAGGCUGUGGCAGCUAUCUGCUAGAUUUUUUGCUGUUGUGUGAUGCAAAACAUGGAUCAUCUUUCAAACUCUGUCAAGAGUUUGUCAGUUUCCUGUACAACAGGGACUAGCAGGAUUGGCCAGUCUUUGAUACACAAGGAAGGUGGAGAUGGCCGGAAUACACGGACACUGAUUCACAAGGCACCCGGAUAUUCCAACACUCUCCUUGGUAAUCUAGCCUCCAUGUGGAGAUCCGGCACAUUCUGUGACGUGAGCAUCGUCGUCGAGGGCCGGAGUCUGGCAGCUCAUCGCCACAUCCUGGCAGCAGCGAGUCCGUUCUUCAUGGCCAUGUUUACGAGCCACAUGGCCGAACAGGCCCAGGAUGAAAUUACCAUGCAUGAGAUUGACCACGAUGUCUUCAAGGUGGCUCUUCUCUUCAUGUACACAGGUCAAGUGGAGGUAACUACAGACAACUGUGUCGACCUGCUGUCUCUGGCAGACAUGUUGGGUCUGAGUGACGUGAUGGAGGCGUGCUGCAUCUACAUGACAAGUCAGCUCGAUACUGAAAACUGUAUAGGCGUGUACAGGUUAGCAGACGCUCACUGCUGUCAUCAGCUGAAACACGCUGCCGAGGGUUUCCUGCACAGCCACUUCCUGCAGGUGAAGAAUACCGACGAGUUCCUCGCUUUACCCAAAGACAAUCUGAUUCACCUGCUUAGCAGUGAAUUUAUCAAAGUGGAAGAUGAAUUUCAGGUGUUUGAAGCUGCAAUGAAAUGGAUCAAUCAUGACCUUGCAUCACGGCGUAGAUUUUUCUUUGAAGUAAUGAACCCGGUUCGACUGUCCAUCAUUCCUAACAGACAGAUAGACAAAUAUGUAGAAGACUGCCCCGACAUCAGUCUGAAGGUUGCUCUGCAGAAACUCCUACAGGACGUCAGACUGGACAAAAAACUCAGUCUCGAACUUCAGCUGUCUCGGCUGAAAUCCUGUUACGUGCAGCCUCGUCGGAGCGCAAGAAAAAACAUCUACAUUAUUGGUGGUUACACUCGAUGCAAAGGAGCCAGGUGGAGCGACAUUCAGACGCUGGUGACUGUUGAACGAUACGACACGUUUCACAAACAGUGGCACGUGAUGCCGUGCAUGACUGACGCUCGGAGUGGACACGGAUUGGCAAUUCUGAAUGGACACAUAUACGUCGUGGGUGGAGAGAACGAUUCACUGAUCAGCGACACAGUAGAGUCGUUUAACCCGGUGUCCGAGGUGUGGUCAAGUCAACCGAAUUUGAAUUUUCCACGGUGUGGACUGAGUGUGUGCGAGUUCAAAGGAUGCCUGUAUGCAUUUGGUGGCUGGGUGGGAACUGAGAUUGGUAAUUCCUUUGAAAAGUUCGAUCCAAAAGCUGGUGUUUGGGCCAUUGUCGGAAAAAUGGAGACUCCAAGAUUUGCAAUGGGUAUUGUGGAACAUCAAGAUUUAAUCUACAUAGUUGGUGGAUUCAGUGACCCGGGAACGGAACUUAAGCAGUGUCACCAGUACAACCCGGUGACAGGGGUGUGGGAGAGACUGCUCGGUAUGAGAACCAGACGGGCCUACGUCGGACUGGCAGCCAUGGAUGGGUUUCUGUACGCCGUGGGAGGAUGGAAUGAACAUGAAGGGUCUCUCAGCUCAGUUGAGAAGUACUGCAUUGAAACAGAUUCAUGGACAGAAAUACCGAAUAUGAAUGUCCGCAGAGCAGGUCCUUGCGUGGCCACGGUCAAUGGGAUCCUGUACGUGAUUGGAGGACGGACGUUUUCUAACAUGCACACUCCACCAGCGACACUCAACUCCAUGGAAUGUUACAAUCCAAUGACAGACAUCUGGACAGAACUUAGUGUGAUGCCCACCAGCCGGUGUGAGGCAGGAGUAGCUGUUUUGUGAGUGGAUGGUGUGUCAGUGGAUGGUGUGUCAGUGAAUGGUAUGUGAGUGGAUGGUCUGUCAAUGGAUGGUCUGUCAGUGAAUGUUAUGUGAGUGGAUGGUCUGUCAGUGAAUGGUAUGUGAGUGGAUGGUCUGUCAGUGAAUGGUAUGUGAGUGGAUGGUCUGUCAGUGGAUGGUAUGUGAGUGGAUGGUAUGUAAGUGGAUGGUCUGUAAGUGGAUGGUCUGUCAGUGGAUGGUCUGUCAGUGGAUGGUAUGUGAGUGGAUGGUAUGUGAGUGGAUGGUCUAUUAGUGAAUGAUAUGUGAGUGGAUAGUGUGUCAAUGAAUGGUAUGUGAGUGGAUGGUCUGUCAGUGGAUGGUAUGUGAGUGAAUGGUGUGUCAGUGGAUGGUGUGUCAAUUCUGAAUGGAUGGUGUGUAAAUUGAUUGGAUGAAGUGAUUGGAUUGAAUGAUAAGAGUGGAUUUGGUGAAGUGAGUGGAUUGGAUGGUAUGUAAGUGGAUUGAAUAGUGUGAGAGUAAAUGGUGUGAGUGGAUUGGAUAGUGUGAGAGUAAAUGGUGUGAGUGGAUUGAAUAGUGUGAGAGUAAAUGGUGUGAGUGGAUUGGAUCAUGUUGGAAUAGAUUGGAUCAUGUUGGAAUGGAUUGGAUCAUGUGUGAAUGGAUUGUUUGGUGUGUGAGUGGAUUGUAAGGAGUGUAAGUGUGUCAGUUAUGAGUGGAUUGGCCUGUCCCCAUAACAUGUAAAAGAUAGUAUGGGAGCCCCCUAUUUUAUAUUGGGGCACCAACAUUGUCUUUUACACGUUAUGGGCCGACAGACAUAUAUAAAAGGAAAUGGAGGGGGUUAAGAGCUGUGAUUGAGAGGUUUGGUGCCCCUCCUCUCCAUGGCUACAUGAGUGUAUAUAUAAAUAUAUAUAUAUAUGUAUGUAUGUAUAUAUGUAUAUACAUAUAUACAUAUAUACAUAUAUAUAUAUAUAUAUAUAUAUAUAUAUAUAUAUAUAUAUAUAAAUAUAAAAUUAUUUAUUGCUUCUAGAAUACUUAUAAGAGCCAAAUAAGGUCAACAGUGUAUAUUUUUCUAUAAUUAUGAUUCUAAUUUAUUGGAUGUUCAUAUCUUAUACAUAUAAUUAUCAAUUUAGAAUUAUUUAAAGGAGUUACCACAAUGAGACUGCUUAACAUGGCUUUGAUGUGUACGUAACUAUGGCAUGUACAUUGAUUUCAAAGUAGAAUCAUUUUUGGAAAUAUGUUUAAAAUCUCAAUUUGUGAGAAACUGUGAUACCUGUGCAAAUAAAAACAAUAAAUUAAGUUGAUGCUGUGA